CCAUUCAUAUGCCUUGCGAGUCUGGAAACUGGUAAUAUUCUUCUUGAGGGAUGGGAUUGUUGUAAAAUUACACAGCAACCAUGGGUCGUAAAAGGUCGGAUACGCAUACGUCGAUGAUGGAGUCGUCCAGAAGGCCAAGCAUCUGGGCAGGUAGUUUGCGGCGUGAUCAUAUUCGCCUCGGUGAUCUACCAGACGAAGAAGGGGCCGAACGGAGUCAGAUGUACACCUCGUCAAAGUCAGGACCAUCCUCGAGACAAAAUUCGUUUGCGUGGCCUUUCCAUCGACAUACCACCUCGGAAGCUCUUUCAACGACGAGGUCGAGCCACUUCACAUUACGGACUUGGCAACCCCGUACUUUCUUUCGUCCUCACGACGACACAGCGAGUAUCGAUAGGAGUAUUGUUCCAGAUUAUGUUGUCAACUUUAUAAGAGGAGAAACGCCCGAGACUUUGGCGAUGAAAAAGGAGCGAAAAAAAUGGGGUCAGCACGGCGUCGAAGUUACUCCGCAUCGAGAAACGUUCGCAUCAUUUCCUAUCGAAUAUGGUCACCAUUAUUCGCAAAGCGCAGAUGCCACUCGUGAUCUAAAUACGUUUAGUAGCUGGAGUCGGAAAAGUGGCCUACGGAGACACAUAACCGGAUGGAGAGGUGGUGUUAUAUUCAACUGCUUAAUAUCAUUCAUAAUCCUACUUGCUGGAAUCAUCUGCUUAAUAUUGGUCAUCGCCGAGGCCAAACUGCUUUCAGGGGAAUCGGCUAUCUAUACGGGCGACUGCACAACGGCCGAUCAUAUUAACUAUGGGAUCCAUAUCGUUGUUAGCGUCUGCGGUAUCGCCAUUCUCUCUGGAGCCAACUAUGUCUUCCAGAUCCUCUCGAGCCCGACCAGACGAGAGGUAACCGUUGCGCAUGAAAAUAAGCGUUGGCUUGACGUCGGUAUACCAUCAAUACGCAAUUUCAAGCAUAUCUCGAGUUUUCGAGUAGUAGUUGCUGUGAUCGUCUUGCUAUCUGCAGUGGCUAGUCAAGUAAUAUAUAAUGCAGUAAUUUUCACGACUCGAAAUAUAGUUAACUACGAUGUAUUAUUCGUAACACAAUCGUUUCUCGACCACGCUCCUUUCACCAUUGACACUAAGAUCAAUGAGGGCGAUCUCUCAGACCUCGAUAUAAUUAGCCUCCAGGACUCCGCCAGCCAAGCUGGUGAGAUGACUAACAUUACUUCAACAACUUGCCUGCAACAAUUUAGCGGCAUUUUCCAACCUUCGUUUAACGCAGUUUUGCUUAUCACAGACUCGACUUCUACCGACAAUUCUCUCAUUUGGACCAGCGAGUCCGGCACUCAACUAACUACUUUCGCUUCAAACAACGACAUCACAGCCCCGGACGGCUCAAAAGUUCAAUAUUGUCUCGCGCGCACAAGUGUGCCGCAGACUUGCAGUGUCAACCUUAACGGCCCCCUCCUGGGCAUCGCCGCAUUACUUAACCUCGCAACCCUCAUUUCGAUGGCGGUAAUUCUCGCGAGAUCCUCUUUCGCACCCCUCGUAACACUGGGCGAUGCGAUUCGCUCGUUCCUCCGCCAUCCGGACCCGACGACAGCAAAUGCCGCCUUACUGACUAAAAAGGAUGUCCGACAAGGACAUUGGGCUUUUAGCGAGGCGCAAUAUUUCUUCCCGGCUACCCACUACUGGUUCCAGACCCCGUCGCUCCCUCGCUGGGCCUUAACGUUCUUCUCGUGGACCGCUAUUGGCGCUCCAACCGCCGUCGCGCUUGGUCUCAUGAUCAGCGGACACCUCGACGAUCCUCUCACCCUCUUCGGCGUCGCGACGUCUCAGUUCAGCUUUUCACUGCCCUCGACCAUCAGCACAGCGCAGAUGGCGCUCCUCACCGCAUUACCACAGCUCCUCCUCUCCGUCCUAUACCUAGUGAUAAACGCGCACCUAACGACAUACUUCCUCUCUUACGAACUCUCCCUCUUCGCGCUCUCCCCGCGCUCCCUACGCGUCUCCUCCCAACCCGCCGGCGAACAGACAACGAGCCUGUUCCUCACGCUCCCGCGCCCCGUCUCCUGGGCCCUCCUCGCCUGGUUCGCAGCGAUGGGCUUCUCCCUCAGCCAGGCCGUGUUCCCUGGCACCGUGAAAUUCCUCCCUCCAUCCUCAACCUCAACCACGCCUUCCGUCCCGCCCCAGCACCCGCCGAACACCGCGGACGUCGUAGCCGUAUCCUUCAGCACGCAAGCCCUGCUCUCCCUCCUCGCGCUCCUAACCGCGCUCAUCCUCGCCGUGCUAGCCCUAGGCUGCCGCCGCACGCAAGCGGCUUCCCUCGCGUCCGGCGAAGUCACGGGAAACCCGCUGGUCCUGCGCGGCGGCGCCUGCAGCGCAGUUAUCAGCGCCAAGUGCCACCAUCACGAUAUCGUGCCCCCGGGUCAACUGGCUCCCGAAGAGACCGCCGCCGCCGUCCCUACCGGCGAGCCCUGGCUGAGAUCUAUAGCCUGGGGCGUCGUGGAGGAGGGGACCAGCGGUCGGCCUGGACGUUGCGGGUUCUCUGCUGAUGGCGUCGGGUGUGUUGAUGCGGGGAAAACGUAUGUCUGAGCGUGUGUAUGGAUGGCAUGGGUUUGACGGGUUCUGUUUGAGUAACUUGUAUUUUUUUUCGGGUUUGGGAUUCGGCGAUAAUUGGAUAAUACCUAUCUACCUACCUACCUAGGUAGUGAGAGAAUGGGAGUGGUCGUAUUGGUUAUAUAUACCCCCA